AUGGCCAGCCUUAUGCCUCUUGCUCCUCCUCCCAAAAGCCCCCUAGGCCGCUAUCGGCUGCUUUCACCCACAGCUUCAAUCCGAGUCAGCCCUCUCUGCCUGGGUGGGAUGAGCUUUGGUGAUGUCUGGAAGGAACACAUGGGGUCCUGCGAUAAGGAGACGACAGAGGGCAUCCUGGACUAUUUCUAUAGCCAGGGUGGCAACUUUGUUGACACUUCCAACAACUACCAGUUCCAGGAGUCUGAGAAAUGGAUUGGAGAGUGGAUGAAGAAACGCGGUGUACGCGACCAGAUGGUCAUUACCACUAAGUACACUACAAACUUCCACGCAGGCAAGGGCGAUGAGAUGAUCCUUCCGAACUUCCAGGGCAAUGGCACGAAGAGCCUACACCUGUCGGUCAAGAACAGCUUGGAAAAUCUGCAGACCGACUACAUUGACCUGCUCUAUGUGCACUGGUGGGACUUCUCCGUAUCCAUCCCUGAGCUAAUGCAGUCACUCAAUCAUCUUGUUGUGUCCGGAAAGGUGCUCGCCCUCGGAAUUAGCGACACCCCAGCCUGGGUUGUCAGUAAAGCCAACGAGUAUGCUCGAAACCACGGUCUUCGCCAGUUUAGUGUGUACCAGGGAAGAUGGAACGCCUCAAUUCGCGACCUAGAGCGCGAAAUAAUCCCGAUGUGUCGUGAGGAGGGAAUGGGCAUCGUCCCUUGGGGCGUGCUGGGUGGAGGCGCCUUCAAGACUGAGGAGCAGCGUCAGAAAGCAACCAGCGGGGGCCGGAAAGUCGAGCCGACCGAGAACGACAUCAAGGUCAGCCGCGCGCUUGAAUCUGUUGCUAUACGUAAAAACACCAUUAUCACCAACGUUGCGCAGGCGUACGUUUCGAGCAAGACAACAUAUGUGUUCCCGCUGGUUGGCUGCCGAACCGUCCAGCACCUAAAGGAUAACAUCGACGCCCUUUCCGUGCGUCUCAACGAUGAGGAUAUCAAGGAGAUUGAUGGGGCGGCGCCUUUUGACCUCGGAUUUCCUGGAAACUUCUUGGCUCCCACAUAUCAUCUUACUGGGGAUGUCAAGCCGGUUUUUGCCCUUGCUAUGGGUGGUACAAUGGAUUACGUUGCUGACCCAAAAUCCUUCUCCCGAGAAUAG